CUUAUGAUGGUCCUGCUAGCAACUUUGAAAUGAACAACUCUGAGGAAAUGACUGAAGUUCAAGUAUUUAAUGUUACUCCUGAUGAAAGCAAAGAUUACAGUGAUAGCGACAGUGAUAUUCCAACCAUUUCAACAGAUGGGAGUCAGCGCGGUUUGAUCCUAGAAGAUGAUGAUGAAAGUAUUGCUAUUGCACCACAGCCUACGACAUCACCUGGCAUGCUCUCACCAAAUGCAGACUUUGAUAUACAAAAUGAUGUUCAUGGUAUGCUCACCCUCAAUUCGAAUAAUGUGUACCCAUCAGAUACUCGCGAGAGCCUGGAUGAGUUCGUACUGAAACCCGCUCAGCAAGGAUCCAUUAUCAAAUGUCGGAUAACGCGAGACAAACGAGGAGUUGACCGAAGUGUUUAUCCAACGUACUACCUACACAUGGAGCGAGAAGAUGGUAAAAAACAAUUUCUACUGGCUGGGAGAAAAAGAAAGAAAAGCACGACUUCAAAUUAUUUAAUCUCUACCGACCCAACUGACCUCUCCCGGGGUGGUGAAGCAUACAUAGGCAAACUCAGAUCAAAUUUAUUGGGAACUCAAUUUACAUUAUUCGACAAAGGUUCAAACCCAAAGAGAUCUAAUAGUUUAGCCACCCCCGAAAUGGCUGUUACUCGCAGAGAAUUAGUUGGUAUUGUAUAUGAUACCAACGUCCUUGGCUUCAAAGGACCUCGAAAGAUGACAGUAAUUGUCCCUGGUAUGAAUCUCAGUCACGAAAGAGUGGAAGUCGUGCCGAAUGAUGAACAUGAUGGUCUAAUAGAGCGAUGGAAACGUAAAACUAUGGACAAUAUGCUGGAAUUACACAAUAAGACGCCUGUCUGGAACGAAGAAACCCAAUCUUACGUCUUGAAUUUCCAUGGAAGAGUUACACAAGCCUCUGUAAAAAAUUUCCAGAUAGUUCACGAUAAUGACAUUGACUAUAUUGUGAUGCAGUUUGGCCGUGUUGCCGAGGACGUUUUCACCAUGGACUUCCAAUACCCGUGCUGCCCUCUACAGGCAUUCGGUAUUGCCCUUAGUAGCUUCGACAGUAAAUUGGCUUGUGAAUAAAUUUAACAGACGUACAUAUCAACAAGACCAAACAUUUCGGGUUUAUGAAUUCAGUAAGGGUUUGUAAAUUCUGUGUGUUGGGGAAGGGUGGGCAUGGUUUGGUUUGUUUGUCGUUUGGCUUUUUUUUUUUGUAAAUAAAUUAAAUAAAUACAUAUAUAUAUA